CGCCUUCUCGUGACGUCGCGGUGCCCGGCCGGGACGGGGGUAAAGCGGCCGAAUGCGAGGGCGAAUGUCAUUCCGGGACCGGGAGCCGCUGUUGGAACUCGGCAAUGUCGAGGAUCCAGUCCGAGAAUUUGGAUAAUUUUCAUGCUUCAUGACCAAGGCUGGGCUCUGACAUCCUGGAAUGUUCUCUGUGCACCCUCCAUUUUCCUUUUUUUAAUGUAUCCUCCGGUACAAUAUUUGAACAGCAGGGAUCUGAAAUGUCUGUUCUACAGGAGAAUGAUGAGAUUGAGCUGACCUACGAAGAAGCAGUGAAAGAAACUGGUUUCGGAAUGUUCCACAUGUUGCUGUUAAUCAUCUGUGGUUGGGCAAAUGCCAGUGAUGCCGUUGAAAUUCUGUGCGUGUCCUUCUUGCUUCCUACUGCCCGGUGUGAUCUUCAUCUCAACACAGCAGAUAUGGGCUGGCUUACUGCAAGCAUCUUCCUGGGUAUGAUGAUCGGGGGCUACAUGUGGGGGGCCCUCGCGGACCUGAAAGGUCGCCAGAGAAUUCUUGUGCUCUCGUUAACAGUGAAUGGGGUUUGUGGAGCUGCAUCAAGUCUGGCACCUAAUUACUGGACGUUUCUAGUGUUGCGAUUCUUUAGUGGAAUUGGUGUUGGAGGUUCUAUACCAGUCAUAUUCUCCUAUUUUUCGGAAUUCCAACCCCAGCACAGAAGAGGAUGCAUGGUCAGCGCGUUGGCCACCUUCUGGAUGGCUGGGAACACCUUGGCAGCAGGCCUUGCCUGGCUGGUCAUUCCCAGGACCUCCCUUUCAUUCCAACUUGGUUCUCUGCAUAUUCAGAGUUGGAGGAUCUUUGUGAUGCUGUGCUCGCUCCCCAGUCUCACCUCUGCACUGCUCUAUGCUCUGGGAAUGCCGGAGAGCCCCAAGUAUCUGAUGGAGACUGGGCAGGAGGAAGAAGCCCUGCGGGUUUUCCGGUGGAUGUUUCGGUGGAAUCACCGCGAGCCAGCUCACUCUUUCUCGGUCCAUCGGCUUUUGAUCCCUGCUGUUGAAAAAAGCAGCACCAGGUUUUACAAUGGUCGACCCGACUGGCUCAGACAUCAGUUACUGAAGGGCGUGGAUCCCAUCUGCAAGCUGUUCUCUCAGAGGCACAGGUCCACGUCAAUCGCAUUGUCCAUCAUCUUCUUCAGCAUCUCAUUCGGGUUUUACGGUCUCUGGAUGUGGUUUCCUGAGCUGCUAAAACAGAUAGAAAUCACGGGUGGGUCUGCUUGUUCAAGCAACUGGUCCAGUCAAAGCGGCAAAGGUGUGGAAAACAUCACCUGUUACCCAGUCAAAACAGCAGUUUACACAGAAGGAUUCAUUUUAGCUGCUGCCAAUCUUCCUGGAAAUAUCUUCUCUAUUCUAAUGAUGGAUCUACUGGGAGGCAAGCUCUUGCUCUGUGCAAGCCUGUUUCUUUCAGCUCUUAGUGUGUUCUUCAUCUGGGAAGUAAAGACAAAAAGCCAGAGCUUGAUUACGUCAUGUCUGUUCAGCGCCAUCUCAGUUGUUGCCUGGAAUUCACUUGAUGUCAUUGGGUUAGAAUUAUAUCCAACUCACUUGAGGUCAUCUGCCUUUGGAGUAUUCAGUGGCAUCAGCCGAAUUGCAUCCAUUUUGGGAAAUGUUGCAUUUGGGCAACUCGUUGAUGUGAACUGUACUAUACCCAUUCUUCUGGUAGCGCUAAUGCUAUUUAUAGGGAGUCUGGCUGGCUUAAAAUUGCCUCACAUCAAGAAUAGGGAAUUAAGCUGAUAGAAUGUUUAAUAUGAUUGUGCCAGAUCGUAGCUCAUUUGGGAUCCAGUUGUUGCCUAUUAAGAUUUUGUUGCAUCUUCUAUACAAUUCUACUCAAGUUCAUGUAUGGAGGCAGAGUAAAGAUUUAUCAGAAGGCAGCAAGAGACCACAAAAUUACAGUACAGGUGGCAUAAGAACACUUUGCCAAAUAGCCACUGUAAGGGGUAGGAGAUGGGUUACAACAGGUUGUACAGCAGGAGUGGAUUAAAUGGCUCUUUCUGGAGAUCUGUAGUUUACAGAUCAAUUUAAGGGUUAACAAAAAAAAAGCAAACUUAGCUUUAGCAUCAUCCUCCCAUGGCACUUGCUUGAUGCAACUGUUAUUACAUUGUAAUGUUUUUGUAAUCUUUUAAGCAUUUUGCCCUCUCCAGCAACAGCCUCCAUGCUGAUCAAAAAGUAACCAGUUUUGGGUCAAAUUAUACUAUCUGGUAGAAGUUUUCUGAAACAUUUAUCCAAGUACCAGUACAACUGUCUUUUACAAACAUCUAGCAAUUGAAGGGAAAUCACCACUUAUUUGCCUAAAGAACAACAGAAUCUUUGCACCUUGGAAAAAAAUGUAAUCAGCUUUUCCAGUUGCACUGUAACUACCUUUACUAAAGUCAUUUCCCUGUACAACUACACUUAGUGAUUUUCUGUGAUGUGCUUAGUGUACAUUGUCAGUUACAUGUGACAUCUAAUUGUACUUGCAUGAAUGCACUCAAAAAGGAACAAUACAUCCAAUGCAGAGUUUAUGUUUUAGAAGGAUUAAAGCCAGAGGUUGUAUUCACAUUCACAGCAUCGAGUACUUCACAGCCAGAACUUUGUGGAAAGGUGUAGUAUGAAGUAAAUUACUUAGAACACAGCAACUGUCCACAACAGAAGGACUUAAGAUACGAAGCACUUGGAUUCAUAGCCAAAUUUAAUGCUGCAUGUCAAUUCUACUGAAAUCUUAAACAGAAGUCAUUUUUCAUUUGCUCUCAGCCAAUGUUCUUUGAUCCUCAAAUUCACCAGGUAAACCAAAACCUAACAGAAAUUUAUCAAGGAAAAUUCAAUCUUGAUUUAAGAUUUUUUUGGAACUACUGUAACAGACCAACAGCAAUAAGAAAUCAAAUAAGGACAAUAAAAUUACUCCAUAACA